UAUUAGUUUUGGUCAUUAGCACUUUUUCAAAUAUAUAUAUAAAAGAUUCUCUUGUAUGAUAUCAAGGCGGACUCACGGGCACGCUUCUUUCUUCCCCCUGCCAAGUACCAAACAAGUCACUGAGGAUUCUCUCUUAUCAAAGGUGGUGUUUUGUUGCCUGGGAAAGUUAAAAAACUGCUUGAAUUCAAAGAGGUUGAAAUUCUAAGCAGGGGAAGAUGGACAAUGCACCCGGACGACACCAUCUGUUUGUUCCAGGGCCUACGAACAUCCCUGAACAAGUGAUUCGGGCUAUGAACCGAAACAAUGAGGACUACCGUGCUCCAGCAAUACCAGCACUGACAAAAACUCUGCUUGAAGAUGUGAAGAAGAUUUUCAAGACUAGCACUGGAAUCCCAUUUCUUUUCCCCACAACUGGCACUGGUGCAUGGGAGAGUGCACUGACAAAUACCUUAUCUCCUGGGGAUCGUAUUGUAUCUUUCCUGAUUGGCCAAUUCAGCUUGCUUUGGAUUGACCAGCAGCAACGCCUCAACUUCAAUGUUGAUGUUGUGGAAAGUGAUUGGGGCCAGGGUGCCAAUCUUGAUGUUCUGGAAUCAAAACUUGCUUCAGAUAGAACACACACCAUAAAGGCUAUUUGCAUUGUUCACAAUGAGACUGCAACCGGGGUCACCAAUAACUUGGCCAAAGUGAGAAAAAUUCUCGAUGACUACCAGCAUCCAGCCCUUCUUAUUGUGGAUGGAGUGUCUUCCAUUUGUGCUCUCGAUUUCCGCAUGGAUGAAUGGGGAGUGGAUGUGGCCGUGACUGGCUCCCAGAAAGCUCUUUCCCUUCCCACUGGGUUAGGCAUUGUCUGUGCAGGUCCUAAAGCCAUUGAGGCUUCAAAAUCUGCCAAAUCACUCAGAGUUUUCUUUGACUGGAAUGACUACUUGAAGUUCUACAAGUUGGGAACAUAUUGGCCUUACACUCCUUCCAUUCAGUUGCUCUAUGGUCUCAGAGAAGCUCUUGACCUGAUUUUUGAGGAAGGACUUGAUAAUGUGAUUUUAAGGCACAAACGUUUAGGCCAUGCAACCAGGCUUGCAGUUGAAGCAUGGGGUUUGAAGAACUGCACCCAAAAAGAAGAGUGGUACAGUGACACUGUGACUGCAGUUCUUGUUCCUCCUUACAUUGAUGCUGCUGAAGUAGUUAGAAGGUCAUGGAAGAGAUACAACAUGAGCUUAGGACUGGGAUUAAACAAAGUUGCUGGGAAGGUUUUCAGAAUAGGACAUCUUGGCAACUUGAAUGAGUUGCAACUCUUGGGUUGUCUUGCUGGUGUGGAGAUGAUACUGAACGAUGUGGGAUACCCUGUAAAGCUUGGAAGUGGAGUUGCUGCUGCUAGUGCAUACUUUCAGAAUAAUAUUCCUAUGAUCCCUUCCAGGAUUUGAGUCACAUCACAACCAAUUCUUGUAAUUACUUUUCUUUCAUGGUUUUCUGUUAAAUAAACAUAUUAAUGUUAUCCCUCUUUUGCACUUUUUGGAGGAUGUACUACUUAUUCCCUACUUUUGAUGCAUUGUUGCUUCCUUCA